AUGGAGCUCUCACAGGCGUUUGGAUUUUCGGCCCUCCAAGCCAAAUCCCCUCGCUUCCUCCCCCAAUCGCGCCCCGUCCCGUCGCCGCCGCCGCUGCCCCCGUAUUCCCCCCAAUCGCGCCUCGUUUCAUCGCCGCCGCUGACAGAGAAGACCAAGACCACACGCCUGCUCCGCCGCCCCUCUCCACCUAUUCUCGCCGCCGCUCGCUCCUCCGGCCGCCCUCGGCCGUCAUCGUCGCCAGAUAUUCCUACAGGUUCCCGUCGAGCUCCGCUUGGAGAAGGAUUUGGCGGUGCCACGGUGGACGGAUUGAUGGCGAAUUGCGACGGGUGCGGAUUCAUGGCGACCUUACAGCGACGGGAGCCGCUUCCGGCAGAUGGAGAGGUGGAGCUCCACCGGCAAUGGCAUGUUCAGAUCGUUAGCAGAAGAUCUAUGGUGACCGACAGGGAGGAGAGGGACGGGAAGGGGAAGAAGCCCCGCAUCCUCAAUGAUGACAAAAAUGGAUGACGAAAAUGGGGAGGAUGCAAAGAUUGGUUUCUUCUUCAUCCAAGAGCUGCAG